AUGGGCGUCGAUGAAUUGAACACGCUUAGGUGGCUUACCAGCUCCAUCCGGCACCUUGUACAACGUCUUAACAUACGUUUUGGUGUUUUUGUGCGCGAAAUUAUGUGGCAAACCGGUAAGCCAGACAAGCAUCUCGUUAACAGAAGAGGGAUGCUUCCUGGCUGCGAAAGUGGAAAUAUGGCCAACCUGGAAAAAUUCGCUACGGUGAGAGAGGAUACACCGAAGGAGUUCCAGGACGGUGAAUUGUUUUUGACGUGGCAUACAAGUCUUAAGAUGGUCAAUGUCAGCAGCCUUGGGAAUUGCUUGCAGACAGUCUGCAAGAAUCUUUUGGCCAUUCCAUUCACUCUUAUGUUGUAA